UACGUUUUUCCUCUUAACAUUUCGACAUCUCAAAAUCAAAUGCCGUAUAUAGAUCCCGCGCCCACAGCGGGCAAGAAGCGUCGCAGACAUCAUGACAAGUUCGAAGACGAAGACUCACAUCGUUCUCGCCGAUCAAAACCUACUUCGGCGCGAAGCAUCCAGCAUAGCAAUGAAGCUCAGAUAGAGCACUUGGAAUCCCAGAUCAGCGAAUCUCGACAAUAUUACAAUAACAUUGCGACGUUGUUAAGCCUUGCGAAAGAUACUUCGGCUUUGGAUCGAUCAAGAGAAGCUGCUACAAUAGCUCUAUGCCGAGUGUUCUGCCGCCUCUUUGUGGAGAAGACACUUCUGAAGAGCAAUGGAACAUCUGAGAACGAAUGUGUUAUCAUAGAGUGGCUGGAGGCCCGACUCCGUGAAUACACCAAUAUACUAUUUGAGCAAAUUUCAGCGCAAGACGCUGUUAGGAGACUGACCGGGCUGACCUUGUUGAUGCAGUUGGUUAAGCAAGAGUCAGUACAGGCUAGCGGCAGUAGUGAGGCCUGGCGCAAGGGAAUUUUCAGCCCGAUGUUGCUGGCAAUCUUACACGUUGAGGACGAGGGCUUCGUGAAGACUGAAUUCGUGCAGAAGUACGUGCAGCUAUACGAUGAUAUUCGAUAUCACACACUCACGGUCAUCAUAUCUCAUUUUUCGGAUACAGCUACUACAUCCACCACGACAAGCAAUGCGAUUUUGAUACUUUCUGAUAUGGGCUUGUCCCUUGAUUCUGAACCCGCUACCGAUAGAUAUUACGGAGAGGUCCCGAUGAAACGAAGUAAAGGUCUGAUGACCUUGAACGGACACAGGAAACAUGCGCAAGACGCUUGGCUGAGUGUGUUUCGUAGCAAUUUAAGCCAACAACAGCGCAAGAGAAUCCUGAGUAUCAUGGCCCGGCGCAUCGUGCCGCUUCUUCUAAUGCCCGAAGUUCUCAUGGACUUUUUAACCGACUGCUAUAAUGAGGGAGGCUCACUUUCGCUCCUCGCUCUUUCUGGUCUUUAUCACCUGAUGACGGAGAAGAACCUGGACUACCCAUCAUUUUACGAGAAAUUAUACUCGCUGUUAGACAGCGAAUUACUACAUUCGAAACAUCGAUCAAAAUUUUUCAGACUUCUAGAGGAGUUUCUGGCCUCGACACACUUACCUGCUGUAAUGGUUGCAAGCUUCAUCAAGAGGCUUGCUCGGUUGUCCCUUUUUGCCCCCCCUGCUGGAAUUGUGGUCGUGAUACCUUGGAUCUACAACAUGCUCAAAAGGCAUCCUGCGUGUACCUUCAUGAUACACCGUGUUGUCCGCGAUCCACAGACCAAGGUCGUGCUAGAGGCAGAGGGCAUGGACGAUCCCUUCGAUAUGGAGGAAUCGAAUCCUAUGGAGACUGGCGCCAUCGAAAGCUCUUUGUGGGAAAUCGAGACGCUGCAGUCAGUCUACCAUCCCAAUGUAGCGACCCUAGCCAAUGUAAUUUCGGAACAAUUUACAAAACGGUCUUACAAUCUGGAAGAUUUUCUGGAUCACACGUACAGUGGAAUGAUCGAUGCUGAGCUGAAAAAGAAUCUCAAGCGUGCCCCGGAGGUGGAAUACCAUAUUCCAAAGCGAAUAUUCACAGCCGAAGAUUCUGAACUGAGUCCUUUGGGAGAAUUGAUGACUAAAGUUCUCCAGUCCUAAGUAGAUAGCAAAAUAUGUGACAAAUUUUAGGCAUCCAUACGCGGGCUUCCGUGAAACCUACAAGGCGUGCUGGUAUGCGGUCUCUACAGCUACGUCAGCUUUCAACUACACCUUCAGUCAAGUCUGCCCUUAUUCGCCGGAACUAGGUAUGAGUGUUAUCUAGUAAGAUGGCGUCAGCAUAUACGGCCACAGGCCGUGGCGAGCGUGAACCUAGACGGCAGGCGGCUGGAAAUUAUAACCACGGUGUACCAUUUGCACCGUUAUGGCUUAUGCAGCGGCAAGAACGGAAACUUGACUACCGCAGCCUGCAGAAAGAACAUGAGUGUCGUUGAGGGAGGCGCAUUCCACUGCAGUGGCUCGUUUAAUCAAGUCUUCAGCUCCACACUAAGCAUUCCCCGCUAGUAGUCACUCCUAUAGUACGAUGUGAACCCCCUUUAAACACUUUUGGUAAUUCUACCUAUAGUACAUUUUACCUUUUCUAGCACGCUGAUAACAUGUGU